CACUCCUACUACUACAGCAAUGUCAACAGUGCAAGAAGUAAUACGCGAUUUCUUUAAGAAACAUUCCAUUUGGUCGCUACUGCCGUUUCUUCAGUACAGAAAAGGAGUCGACAGUUUUACAUACGACAAGGCAAAGGAGCAUCGACUGUACAAAAGUGCUCUGGAGUUGUUAUCUGAAGACGACGAGGAGGCUCGAAAAUGUCUUUUUAAUUACGAGGACGAGAAAGAUUCUGCAUGUGUGGGCCUUUUUUGGAGCUCAAUCAUGGAGAAACUCUGUGAAAGCCAAAUCAAAGGUGUAGAGACCAAUUAUGAUCUGACCCUGGCCACUGAGGUGACCCAGCAGAUGUCGACAUAUGUGAAAUCUACCACGGGCAGAGUUGCAAAGCGUUAUUCAGAGAGCUUUGAACAAAAUUCUUCGAAACGCUUAGCAAAGGACUCCAGUGAACCGGUAGAAGACGCUGCUAAUAACCCGUUUUUGUAUGACAGCAAUGCCAUAAUGAUGCAGACUCUGGACCCUGCAUUACAACAAUAUGCAG